GGAGGAUUCUGGGAGCAGGAAGAGGAGCUCAGCCGCCGGAAGGACACGAUGCUCCGCGCUCUCCGUCAGGCGAGCCCCCCGCCGGCACCCAGAGAUGCCCCGGACACGGACAGCUGAGGCCUGUCGCCGGUCACAUUUUCCACUAUGUGCUGACUGUCUGUAUUUACAGAAGCUUUAUAACAAAGACAAACUUUAUUUUGGAAAGGUUUUUUGAUUCCAGUGGAAUCUGUGCUUAAGCUCCCCUACCCUUUGCUUUGCAAGCUUCUUUUUUCCAAGUGGGACACCAUGCCUGUACAAGCUCCACAAUGGACCGACUUCCUGUCCUGCCCUAUUUGCACCCAAACCUUCGACGAAACCAUUCGGAAACCCAUAAGCCUGGGUUGUGGGCACACUGUUUGCAAGAUGUGCCUAAAUAAGCUGCACCGCAAGGCUUGCCCAUUCGACCAGACCACCAUCAAUACAGACAUCGAACUGCUACCAGUGAACACUGCUCUGCUGCAACUGGUUGGAGCUCAGGUACCUGAGCAACAACCCAUCACGUUGUGCAGUGGUGCUGAGGACACCAAACACUAUGAGGAGGCCAGGAAAUGUGUGGAAGAGCUUGCUCUCUACUUAAAGCCUCUUAGUACUGCCAGAGUAGGUGUGGGUCUAAACAGCACCACGCAAAGUGUACUGAGUCGCCCUAUGCAGAGGAAGCUGGUAACACUUGUGCAUUGCCAGUUAGUGGAAGAGGAGGGACGUAUUCGAGCCAUGAGAGCAGCUCGUUCACUGGGUGAAAGAACAGUCACAGAGCUUAUCCUUCAACAUCAGAAUCCUCAGCAGCUGUCCUCCAACCUGUGGGCUGCUGUUCGUGCCCGUGGCUGUCAGUUUCUUGGACCAGCCAUGCAGGAAGAGGCCCUGAAGCUUGUGCUUCUGGCUCUUGAAGAUGGAUCUGCACUUUCUCGAAAGGUCUUGGUUUUGUUUGUGGUGCAGAGACUUGAACCGCGCUUUCCUCAAGCCUCAAAAACUAGCAUUGGGCAUGUUGUCCAGUUGCUUUAUAGAGCCUCCUGCUUCAAGGUUACAAAGCGUGAUGAAGAUUCUUCCUUGAUGCAGCUAAAGGAGGAAUUUCGCACUUAUGAAGCAUUGCGCCGAGAGCAUGAUUCCCAAAUUGUGCAGAUUGCAAUGGAGGCUGGUCUGCGUAUCGCCCCUGAUCAAUGGUCCUCUCUUCUAUAUGGAGAUCAGUCUCAUAAAUCACACAUGCAGUCCAUCAUUGACAAGUUGCAGACCCCAGCCUCGUUUGCUCAGAGUGUCCAGGAACUUACUAUUGCUUUGCAAAGGACUGGAGACCCUGCCAACCUCAACAGAUUACGACCUCACCUGGAGCUGCUAGCUAACAUAGAUCCAAGCCCAGAUGCUCCACCUCCAACAUGGGAACAACUUGAAAAUGGCCUUGUGGCUGUGAAAACUGUAGUACAUGGCUUAGUUGAUUAUAUCCAAAAUCACAGCAAGAAGGGCACUGACCAGCAACAGCCUCCACAGCACAGCAAGUACAAGACCUAUAUGUGCAGGGAUAUGAAACAAAGGGGAGGCUGCCCCCGUGGGGCAAGCUGUACCUUUGCACAUUCACAAGAAGAGUUGGAAAAGUUUCGCAAAAUGAAUAAGCGAAUGGUUCCAAGGAGACCUUUGAGUGCCUCACUUGGUCAGCUAAAUGAGGUGGGGCUUCCUAGUGGAUCAAUACAUUCAGAUGAGGGCUCGAUUGACCUGCCCAGCCGGAAGCAAACUGGACUCCCUAAUGGCAUUGUGUCAGGAAACUCUGUGACACAACUCAUAUCUAGGGGCACCGACUCCGGCUUUGAGUCAGUAUUGAAGCCAGUGAAAUUGGAUCACUUGAGCAGCAGUGCUCCAGGCUCUCCUCCAGAGUUGUAUGUAUCUAUGUUGGACCCUGUCCCUAAGACUUCCAUUUCUGCCUUACCUGUCCCAUCUCACCAAGCUCCUCAACGUGUGCAAAAUGAUCUACCACCUUUGCAAGUCUCUAAACAGAUACAGAUGGUCCCACGGGGGUCUCAGAUCUAUGCACCUCCCCAGACAGAUAUGUUUUUUCAAGAUCCUCGCAGUGGACCUCCUCCCCAAUUUGAAACCUAUCCACAAGGUGGUGUCUAUUAUCCGCCUCAAUCAAAUAGAGUUAUGAGGCCUCCUCCACCUUCUGCACCUGAAAGCUCUGCAACGUACCUUGAUCACUAUGCCUCAUACUUGCCAGAUAGGGUUGUCAAUACGCAGUAUGGCACACCUGCUCAGCAGUACCCUGCCAUGAACCCACAUGUUUACCCCCAUCAAUAUGACAGCCGCCGGGCUUACACUUCUACCGCUCAGUCUUACCAACGAGAGGAAAUGGUGCGUGGCAGCCCUGUGCCACUGGAGAUGCCACCUCCUGCUGUGUCACCCUACAUGCCUGAAGCCAGAGACAGAUACCAGCAAGUGGAAGGCUACUAUCCUGUUGGGCCACAUCCAGGACAGAUAAGAGCUUCAUAUCACAGGGAACCAUAUGGCCGUUUGCCUUCUCAGCAUCAACCCCACCCAAGUCUGGAUGACCUGCAUCGCCGUCGGAAGGAGAUCAUGGCUCAGCUAGAAGAAAGGAAAGUCAUUUCCCCCCCACCUUUUGCACCUUCCCCCACGCUGCCUCAUACCUUCCAUUCUGAAGAGGUAAGAGACAGCAGAAGAGCAGCUUGGGAGUCCAAAUUGAAGUACCUUGAUGAGGAUCUGAAAAUAUCUGGGAAAUACAAAGGGAAUGAUUACAGCCAGUAUUCACCCUGGUCGUGUGACACUAUUGGUUCCUACAUUGGAACCAAAGAUGCCAAACCCAAAGAUGUUUCAGCUGGAGGCAGUGUGGAAGUAGCGAAUGUCGAAAGCAAAGCUAUGCGGGACCAACGAAUAGAACUCCAGCGCAGAGCAACAGAGGCAGGAGAUGAUGACCUUAUCCCUUUUGGUGAUAGACCUACAGUGUCUCGCUUUGGUGCCAUUUCCCGCACAAAAGUUUUGUAUCCAACAUCAGAUCCAAUGCAACAGGCACUGGCAGCCCAGGGUGGUGCUGCCAAAUCGAACAUGUCUGAGUACAGUCUAUAUAGUAGUCAUAGCAGCUUGGGGUCUUCCCCAUACCCAUCCCAUCAAAGCCUUCCUUCUCAGGGACAUUUAAAUGAGAGAGAACGAAUAGCAAAGCCUUUACCUACAUCUGAAAGAGAACAACUUAGGAUGGAGUUGCAGCAGUUGAACCAGCAAAUUAGUCAGCAGACACGUGGCAUGGAGGUAGCAAGUAACCGCCUGCUAUUGCAGAGAGAGACUUCACUUGGCCAGCAGCAACAGCCGCCGCCACCACCACAAACUAAGUGGUCCAGCAUGCUAUCCAGUGAGCAGCUGAGCCUCGAGCUACAUCAGGUGGAGCGGGAGAUUGGCAAGAGGACACGUGAGCUUUCAAUGGAAAGUCAUUCCCUGGGUAUGAAGAAUAAACAGGACUCCAUUAAAGUGGAAAAUGGACAGCUGGAACCACAGGCCAAGGUUUUGCAGCACGACCUCCCGCUGACAUUCAGCAAUGAGGUGCCAAAUGGAUCGGGGCUGAACCAAGAUCUCACUUUGCUGUCUGGGAAGACUUCGUCUCUAUCCCUUUCAGAUGAUACUCAAACCGGAGGGGACAAGGGCGAGCCCUUGAGAACUGGAGUCAGCACCAACUCUGCUCAAUAAUGUGCUGAGGCUCUUACCCACAUACCAGACUCCUCCUAAUUCUUUUUUUUUUAAAAAAUAUUUGAAGGUGUUUUGGUUUGUGGGAAGAAGAUAAAAAUUAAACAGCGCAUUUUUUUUAUUUAUUAUAAUUUUAUUUUUUUUUGAGGGGGGAGAGGAUAGAACCUAAGGGUGGUUGAGGAGAGGUUAAUACAUGCAUUGCUUUAUUUACCCCGUUUUUGGGGGUCAGUAGGGAUCUGUGACCUUAUUCCUCUGCCCCCUCUCCUCCAAGCAUGAUAGACUAAAUAUAUGAUGUGCAUUGAAAACACCACUAGUAAGAACAACCUCUGCACAUAUUUUCACAUUAACACAUUUUUUAAUAAAAAAAUAUACAUAAUACAAAAUAUAUAUUAAAAAAGACACAGAUGAAAAUUAGCAGUAUCUGCAAGCAAUUCAAGAUUAGUUGUUUUUGUUCUGUGAAUGAACUUAAUUUUAAUACCUUUGGAUGCCUUGGAUGCAAGGCUUUAAAGACAAAAAAGGAAGAUAUUAUAUAUAUAUAUAUAUACUCUGUUUGAUUAAUUGUACGAUCUUAUUGCUGUAGAUUACAUUUUUUUUCUUGUUUUAUUUGGAUGGUAUUACAUAGCCAGUACUCUGGUGAAUAUAGUCUUUCCAGCUAGGAUUAUAACUGGAGAGUUGUAUUUUCCAUCAAGGUAGCUUUCUCACAUACUGUGACCUGCCUAAGUUUUUUUUACUCCAUUUUGAUCAUCUCUGCCCUGUAGUGUUAGAAAGAUCGAGAAAAUAUUUUUUCUGAAUAAUUUAGAAAAAAUAAUGUUCAUUUCAUUUGUUUUAGAAAUGAACUUGAAUAUGUGAAGUACACACUAAUGCAUUAUAAACUGUUUCUCCUGCCCAUUUUUUAGGCAUCUACAACAGUUCUUCUCUUUAACUUAUAUCUCUCAUUAACACAUAUAAUGUUGGUAUAGAGUUUUCUGAGGAAGUCUUCCUUUGAUCUACUUUGCCACGUCAAAAAUGGUUACACUAAAAAACAUCUUUUAGAUUAAGUGUUUGGCCUUUGCAUCUUGCCGCACAGCAGUUAGUGGAGACAACAAAUGUAAGCUAAUUUAAGAUUGUUAGUGGACCAGUUCAACUCUUCAUAUUUGCUACAGAACAUCAACUAUUAGUGUAAUUGUAUUUUCACCUCUUUUCCUCAGGGCAGAGAACUGGCUAUGUAAUAACUUCCCACAUUGUUCUUGUGGGGUAAAAGCGAGAAUUAAAUUUCGUUCUUGUAUUUUCUUCCUUUUUCUUUAUCUUUUUCUUCCAAUUUUCUUUAAUCUUUAACUCCUGCUGGGUUAGUGUCUGCCUCAGCGUUACGUUCUGUGAAUCCUAUUUAGAAAGAUGUUUAAAAGAAAAUUGUAUAACAUACAAACCUGUAAGGUAAAAUAGGGUGGGAGUUUUCAGGUUCCUUGUUUGCCUACCAGUUGAGGUUUCCAAACUGAAGGUGCUUGGAAAGAGCACCUGUUUGAUUUCCCUUAUUGCCAAGAGGAGGCACCGCGUUUAAUAUACUGUUUCACAUUGAAUUAAAUUGAACAUUUCGGACCUGCUGGUCACACAUUUGAUAUUUACUUAUAAUUGCUUGGGACUCAAGCUUUGUCUUUUGUUUGUUUUUGUUUUAAAUUUAAAUAAAAUACCAUAGAUUGUAUAUGCAUGUAUAUAACUACAAUUAUAUGCUUGUAUAUAUAACACCUUUUAAA